AUGAACUGGCGUGAUAUUGCAUUUGAUUGGAAUCAGGUCCGGGCGUUCCUCGCUGCUGCGGAAGAAGGAUCACUUUCCGCUGCGGCUCGCGCUCUGCAACAUACGCAGCCGACCUUAAGCCGCCAGGUGACGGGACUUGAGCAAUCACUGGGCGUGACGCUAUUCGAGCGCGGUCAUCGCAGGCUGCAGUUGACUACGGCUGGACUGGAACUCCUUGAGCACGUGCGUGCCAUGGCCGAGGCCGCUAAUCGUGUCUCGCUGGCAGCAUCCGGGCAGUCUCACGCCAUCGAAGGGCGAGUGUGCAUCACCGCAACCGAAAUGCUGGCGACUUACUUUCUGCCGUCGAUGCUGCGAAAACUGCGCGAGCAAGCGCCUGGUAUUGUGGUUGAGGUGAUCGCUUCGGACCAGGUUCGCGACCUCAUCCGGCGUGAGGCUGAUAUCGCGAUACGCCAUAGUCAGCCGACUCAGCCCGAUCUUAUCGCCCGUCGGGUUGGACGCCUCAGAGGCCGCAUCUACGCUGCUCGCCGGUUACUCGACGAAGUUGGCAUACCGCGCAGCUUUGAUGAUCUCACCGGUCAGGAUUUUGUUGGUAUCGAUAACACCGAUGCGCUGAUCGCGGGGGUGGCGGAGCAGGGGCUGGUGCUUCGUCUCGAACAGUUUCGUGUUCAGGCCGCCAGCGGCAACUGUAUGCUUCAGCUUAUCCGCGAGGGCCUCGGAUUCGGUUUUCUGCCUACGGAUACUGGUGAGAUCUUUGAUGAUCUGGUGUGCGUGCUACCAGAGCUCUUCAACCCGGAGAUCCCGGUUUGGCUCGUUUCUCAUCGAGAGUUGCGUAGCAGCCGUCGUAUCCGAGUUGUCUUCGAUCUUCUAGCCAAGGAACUUGAAACGCUUACUGAAACUGUUGGUCAGCCCAACGACUAA